UUCUAGGAAGUUGAACCGGAAGUAUUCAAGUUCCGUCAGCGGCUGCUAACCAGCCCUACAGUCUGUGGUUGCUUUAGCAACCCCUGCUAAAUUAGCUGUCAUUUCAUGUCUCAUAGGGGUUGGUUGAAACAGCAAAAAUUGGCGACAAGUUGUUACAUGGUACAUACAGGUAAAAAAUAGCGAGAACGUAGUCAAUCGGUCGAUAUUCACAACUGAUUCGACGUAGUUUGCUAGUUAAAUUAGCAACCUCGCUUACUAGCUAGUGUAACCCUGCCACCACAGAUCCGCUAACAGUCCUCUUAAGUGCAGCUUCUCCGAAGCCUGCUGCACCUCCUUUACAGGUUCACCCGAAGUGAUGUACUUGACGUGUGUCUUUUGAACCCUCACAAUGGCAGGUUCCCAGUGGGAGCUUCCUCCGGAGCUGUGCUGCCGGCCCAUGGCCUUUGUGGCUUUGACCGGGCUGGAUGUGGUGUACAACGCCGUGCACCGGGCCAUCUGGGAUGCUUUCUGUGCCAACCGUCGCGCCGACAGAGUCCCCAUCUCCUUCAAAGUGCUGCCGGGAGACCACGAGUACCCCAAGUGUCGCACUAAGCGAACGUCGUAUGAGUGGUACAUUCCUAAAGGCAUCCUGAAAACGGGCUGGAUGAACAAACACCUGAACCUGGUCCCUGCUCUGGUAGUGCUGUUCUAUGAGCUGGACUGGGACGACCCCCAGUGGAAGGAGAAACAGUCUGAAUGUGCCACUAAAGUGGAGAUUGUCAGGACCAGUCUUCAGGGCAGGAACACCAAAGUGGCUGUGGUUCUAAUCCAAAAGAAGACCCCCCUACCUCCAGGAGAGGACCUAGUUGCAUCGGAGAGAGCGUCGGCCCUUUGUAGUGCUUGUGAUUUGUCUGGCAAGAGUCUCUUUGUUCUGCCACACACUGACCACUUAGUGGGCUACAUUAUAAGGUUGGAAAAUGCCUUCUAUGAGCACGCUCAGACAUACUACUACACAGAGAUUCGUCGUGUUAAAUCCCACAAAGAAUUCCUCAACAAGACAACGCACCAGCUGCUGUUUGUGCGACACCAGUUUAAAAUCGCUUUCUUCAGUGAACUGAAGCAAGACACCCAGAAUGCUCUAAAAUAUUACAGAACUGCAUACAGCCUUGUGCACGAGCUCAGAGCACAUGAGACCAACAUGUUGGAGAUCAAAACUCUGGCUGGAUUCAUCAACUAUAAGAUCUGUCGCCUUUGCUUCCAGCAUAAUACUCCCCUAGAUGCAAUAGCUCAGUUCCGGAAGCACAUUGACUUUUGUAAAAAGAAGAUUGGCAGUGCUGAACUCGCCUUCGAACACUCUGCAUGGAUGUCGAAACAGUUCCAAUCCUUCGGCGAGCUUUUCGAUGAGGCCAUAAAGUUGGGACUCACGGCCAUCCAGACACAGAACCCAGGUUUUUACUAUCAGCAGGCUGCCUAUUACUGCCAGGACAGGAAGCAGAUGGCACAGCAGCUGUGUCAGGCUGAGGGGAGUUAUCCCUCUCCUGACCCACUGGACACCCAAGGUGGAGGACUGGAUUUCUACGGUCAGAGACCCUGGAGACAAGGACACCAGAGUAUCGAUCCACCAGAUGCCGAAAAAGAGAAGACUGGCAUUCUGGCUCUGCACAUCAAGGAGAGAGACGUACCACACUCGGAGCUGAUAAUCGCGCUUCUUAGCAAUGCUGUUGCCCAGUUCAAGAAGUACAAGUGCCCUCGAAUGAAGAGUCACCUAAUGGUGCAGAUGGGUGAAGAAUACUACCAUGCAAAAGACUACACCAAAGCCUUGAAACUCCUGGACUACGUGAUGUGCGACUAUCGCACAGAGCGGUGGUGGGGUCUCCUGACCGCCAUACUGACCACGGCUCUGCGCUGCGCCUACCUGAUGGCCAGCGUGAAGGACUACAUCAUCUACUGCAUGGAGCUGCUAGGCAGAGCUUCUACCUUGAAGGAGGAACAAAAGUCAAGGAUUGAAAAGAAUCUCUUCAAAGUCCUGAUGAAUGAAGUCCCCGAGUCUGAGCCUGAGUGUGAUCCCUCUUCGGUCAGUGCAGCGAGGUCACUGUGGACUGACCGCAUGGCACUGGCUGGAUCCAAUGAGAUGACAAUAGAAGUACAGGACUACAUCCCAUUCAUCCAGUGCAAGGGCAAGUUCCAGUCUCCCAGUUUCCACGUGGACCAGCCCAUCCAGCUUCAGGUCUUCCUCCGAGUGGACUGUCCUCAUCCGGUGUCCUUCCACAAGCUGGCCGUCAGCCUCAGCAACCAGGAAUACAACCAGUGGUGUGUGGUGGAAUCGCCAGGCCAGGAGAGCAUGACCCUGCUACCAGGAAAAACCAAAUGCUACAACUUCAGCUUCGUGGCGAAGACCGAAGACGUGGGGAAGAAGAUAGAGAUGACGGGCAUCGAGGCCAUGCUGGGAAGUGAGAGCGGCCGCUGCGUGUUCCUGAGCUGGAGGGGGGCGGGCGGGGACGCCGCCUCCGCCCACGAAGCCCUGCAGGCCAGCAGGUCCUCCCGGAGAUGGGGGCGCUGCCUGGAGGCGCGGCAGGAGCCGGACUGGGACAGUCUGACUCUGCAGCACAGCACCAUGAUCAUCUCUAGAGUCCCAAAGAUCUCCGUUCAGCUGAGCCACCAGCCGCCCGCUCUCACCAACGAAAUGUACCGCAUCGACCUCACCGUCCAAUCGCAGGAGGAAGCCGUGGCCAAAGAUGUCCGACUGACAGUGGGUCUCAAACCAGGCCAGGACGCUAAUUUGGGCCAAACUACCCACGUGACGUUCGACGGUUCCAAGGUUUGCGACGAGGGCGCGCCGGCCCUGCUCCCGGACGUUCCUCUGGGAGAUCUGGAACCAGGGGAGACGUUCACGAAAUGCGUUUACGUCAAGUGUGUGUCGACUGGGCCGAGGGUCUUCCUGGUCCACGUGGCCUACAGCAUUGACACCACAGUGGAAGGACACCAGAUCGUCUGCAAAUGUCACAAGGAUGAGACGGUGACCAUAGAGACUGUGGUCCCUUUUGAGGUGUCGGUCAAGUUUGUAUCCACUAAGUUUGAGCCGUUGGACCAGGUAGCAGUGGACAUUCCCUUCCUGCUGAUGACCGACAUCCUCUCCUCAUCCCCGUGGCCUCUCCUGCUGACCUCCUCUUCUCUGGAGCUGCUCACUGUGACCAGCAACACGCCACAGCCUCAGUCCCAGCUGGAGGAAGUGGUUCUGCAGACGGGCGAGUGCGCCAGUGAGUGCUUCUGCCUUCGAUGUCCACAACAGACAAGCAGCAGUAACACCGUGGCCACGGGACAGUACUUGAUAUCAUGGAGGAGAAAGUCUUCCAGUUCCGACAGCCCCCUCAUCCAGACCACGGUCACUCUACCUCACAUCAUCCUGGAACCUGUCCCUCUGUACAUAUACGCUGAGUUGCCAUCGUUCGGGCGGGUCAGAGAGUCCCUUCCGGUCCGCUACCACAUCGAGAACAGAACAACUCUGGUGCAAGAGGUGGAGAUGGCUGUGGAACCCUCCGAUGCGUUCAUGUUCUCUGGGCUCAAACAGGUGCGUCUCCGGAUCCUCCCGGGUACAGAGCAGCAGAUGCUGUACAACUAUUACCCGCUCAUGGCCGGUUACCAAACACUACCACAGCUCAACAUCUGCCUGCCCCGCUGCCCCACCUCCACCACCCCAGCACUACAACGCUUCCUGCCACAGCGGAUCUUUGUAAAGCCUCAGGGUCGACAGCCGGACGAUGCCUCCAUCGCUGCCGCUUGAGGGGAAAAUAAAACUGUUUACUGUAAAUAUGAGAACGAAACAACAUCGUGUUUAUGUUGUUUUAGAUGUAUGAUUCCACACAGAUGUCAUUAUUAACACUAUUGGUUUCUCAUUGCUUUGUAAAUGAACAUCUGUUGACCAAACCUGAGGACACGUUUGUUUCCAGUGAGUAAAUGAGACGAUAUGUUGUGAGCAAGCAAAUCAUAAAUUGAGUGAUGGUCAUUUUGCAGUGAAAAUCAUUUAUUAAUCUAAUAUAUGGACCUUUGAGUGGAGUGUAAUGCAUUCACUGACUGUGUUGACGAAUGAAUUAUACUGAAAUUCCAUACAUUUGCCAUUUCUUAUUUCUGCAUGCAGAUACAUAAAACUGUGAUCACAGCUCUGAAUACUUUACUUUACAUGUUGAUGUUACCAUA